UUAUAGUUCUAAAGAGAGUAAGAAGUCAACGAGAAGACAGCCCAUGCCUAUAUAUCCUCUCUUACGGGAGACAUUUAUUCAUUUACUGCUGACUACUUCAGAUGAACGAAAUCAGUCUUAGUUAAAAGAAAAAAACUAAUAGACUGAAUUCUGUCUUACUAUCAGAACUACUUCGAACCAAAAAACCGACAGACUAGUUCUAGUACAAGUGACAGGUAUCCGACAUUUCUAAGAAGAAAAAAGACUUAUUUCUUACUAUGAAGGACAACGCAUUUAUCCUGACCAUGGCGAUCAUGUUGUUCGUGUGUGUGUCUGAAGCCUGGCUGACCAGGUACAGUAACAGGGCGGCAGGCAAAGACUGGAAGGAAGUCCAAUUGGAGGAGUUGUGCAGUAAGACAGGAGAAGAUUGUUUACAGUCAAAUAACUGCUGCUCUGAGUCAGACGUCUGCUUGCUUGACAGAAAAACCUCCAUUUUGUCCGGAAGAAGAGUAGGAUAUUGCAGGGAUAUCAAUAUGUUCAAAUUGACUGACCUCCCUAUGAAGUAUAAAGGAGUGGAGUGUGACACCAGUGCUGAGUGUGACGACAUGUGUUGUCGUAUCAUCCCCCGUCACAUUUACGGCACCUCUCAAGAAUGCGGGACCAAGGAGGGAUUUAUGUGUGUCUGAGACAGAUUCCAUGCUGUCUCUAGGAGUAAUCAAUUUUACUGGGUUUAUUACAGCCAAACUUUUUAAUUACGUACAAACAUUAAAGUUUCAGUAACAAUUAUAUUCGGAGACCAUUCUAAUGAAAAUCGCUAGAUGUACGUGAACAUUACAGGGGUAAUGGAAUUGUUGAGAAGGAAAUCCAAUCUUUUGACCCUUUAGAUGUGCUCUUUAUAACUCCAUAUCUGUUAUCAUUAUAUACCCUUUAUUUAUCAUGUGUUUACUAUUCAUUCCUUAUCUCUGAUUCUUGUACAUCCUUGUACAUCAUAUACACCCCUUACUUGUAAGUAUUGUGCGAUCCUUACCUGUAUUUAUUAUUCAUCCUUUACCUGUUAUCACAAUCACCCCAUACCUGUAAUUGUUAUCACUCCUUAACUGUAAGUAUUGUUACACCUAACCUGAAGUCAGCAUCACCUCUUACCUGUAGUUGUUGACACCCAUCCCUGUAAUCAUUAUAACUCAUUACCUGUGAUAAUUGUACACCUUCCAUUCCUAUGCUCGUUUUAAAUGGACUAAAACUUUGUUUUAUUUGUUUUAUACAUUAGAUCCCAGAGGAAUCGAUGCUAAUAUGCAUCAAGCUAAUGGCCUAGACAUUCUACAAAAAGUGGGACUAUUAAACCUGGUUUUGUUGACGUAUUUGUCCUGCUAAACUUUGAUAUUAUAAAGGGGUAUGGUAAUAUACCGAGAACGACCGAUUCUUACAGGCAACGUAAAUAAGGAAACAUUGGAAAUAUUUGUGAUGAGAUGACAAACGAGUGUUUUUAAAUCGAGCAUCUUUGUCAACCAAUGAAACAUAUUGUUUCUUACUGAAUAUAAUUGUAUUUAUGUCUUCAUUAACCCCUUUCAUUGAUUAAAUUGUACAUUAACUUUAAAACACGUACCGUUGUACUUCAUUCUUUGUUUCCAGUA